AUGGUAGAUGGUACAAUGACACAUGGGAAAAUAGAUAAAGUUGUUGAAGAUCUGGAUUCUAAUACCAUGAUGAGCCUUCUUAUUUACAUAUAUUUUAAAGGUAAACCAACUAUACACAACAUAGCUUCAAAUAACCUUUCUUUCUUUCUUUCUUUCUUUUGGAAGGAAGGAAGGAAGGAAAAGAAAAUGGACCAUGCCGACCCAAAAUUUACUCAUGAGGCUGAAUUCCAUGUAGAUGCUAAGACCACCAUUCCAGUUCAAAUAAUGAAUCAAAAAGAUUACAUCAAAAUCUUUUAUGACACGCUACUCUCAACUAAAGUCCUUUCUCUGGACUACAACUCCUACACCAUAUUUCUGGUUCUCCCAGAUAAUUCAGUCACUGAGCUGGAAAAGGUUAGCUCCAUCCAUCAGAACUUUUUGUUUUUGUCUUUCAGACCGGUUGACAUCUACGUCCUUAAGCUGUCUCUAAAAACAUCAUAUUCCCUGAAUGAUAUUUUGAAGGGAAUGCAAAUGACUGACAUGUUUACAGAUAAGGCCAACUUCACAGGAAUUUCAGAAGAAAAAAAUUUCAUGUCACAGGUAAAGAAAUACACUAUGCUAAUUAAAAAUAAAAAAUUUGAUCGUCCAUUCAUGAUCUUUAUUAUCGACCCGGUAAAUUACAACAUCCUUUUCAUGGGAAAAAUUGUUAACCCAGUGGAAAAGCAAUGACAUGACAUUCAAAAUGUCAUAAUUGACAUUAGAUGGCCAUGAUUUAUCAAUUUAUUUUGCUGACCUUUUGGAGUUUGUAAAAAUGAUGGCAGAGUAUUUUAAUAGUACAGCUAUAGCUUAAAAGUUUCUGUUAGCAUGUUACUGUCUACAUUAAGUCAGAAUAUGUAAAUAAAUAAUGUAAUAAAGAUUGAUGUGUCUGUGUAUACAGGUUGAAUUGCCUUAUACUGAAAUGCCCUUUGGAAAAGGCACAUAAAAAGAAACUCAGGUGUCUCAUGUUGUAUGUCUGUAAAUGUUUUUACGUGUACGCAAAACAGCUGGUAGGUUUGAUAUCAAUGAAGAUGGGACACUUUAUUAUUUGAGCUGAUAUAAAUAUUUAUUUCCUCUUUAUAUAUUCCAUCUUUACAUGCAUGUCAGGCAUCUCAGUAGCUGAAAAAGUUUCAGUGGGUUCAACUAAAGACCAUUGUUUGUUUUGAAAAUUGAAGGUCAUAUCAGAGUUAGCAUCCCCACAAUGACUGUCUAACAGAACAGACAGUUGACAUUUUUUAGGGCUUCGCUUUGCUUCAAUGCAACAUCGAUAGACUGACGACACUGCCACAGUUUUGACUAGAAGAUUCAAAGGUACAAGAUCUAAAGGAACCUGAAGGGAUCCACUGAAGGAAUUACUGAAAAUUCUGCACAGAAACUGGCUACUGUUGGCAGGUUUCCUGAGAAACAGCAGCGAGCGACGCGCUCUAGAAUCAAACUAUAUCACGUCACUGUUAGUGAUUUAGUGCAGAGGUUACCGCACAUAGAUCAGAAAAUC